AUCGCGAGCUAAACAAAUUGGUUGGUCAAAGUGAAGGUCUCGGGUCUAUAUAAACUAAAUUUGUUUCUUAAUCUGCAUCAGUUGAUUGUUUACUCUCUUCCGUUAUCCGCCAUUCGUUGGGACAUUUUAUACAAGGCGAGAUGAACUCAAAAACCUUUGUUACAGUAGCGGUUGCCUUGUUUGCAGUUGCAGCCCCAGCCGUCCUAGCAGGACAUUUACUAGGUGGCGGAUAUGGUGGUCAUGGUGGUUUCGGAGGUGGAUUCGGUGGAAGCGGCUUUGGAGGAAGUGGCCAUGGAGGCUUUGGAGGAAGUGGCCAUGGAGGCUAUGGAGGAAGUGGUCACGGUGGCUUUGGAGGAAGUGGCCACGGAGGCUUUGGUGGAAGCGGCGGUGGAGGCUAUGGAGGAAGCGGCAGUGGCGGAGAAGCUCAUGAAGCCGAAUUGCAACAUUUGGGAACUGUAGUUGGACAAGCUCAUUUACCACCCAAAGUUAUCAGGAUUACUAAGACUGUUGCGGUCAAGGUUCCUGUACCCUACCCAGUCAAGGUUCCACAUCCAGUACCACACCCAGUGCCAGUAGAAAAACCAUACCCAGUUCAUGUACCAAAGAUCGUUAAAAUCAAGGAAGAGGUUCCAGUACCUGUCCCAGUCCAUGGUGGUGAUCUUGGAGGCUCUGGAGCUGAAGGUGGAUAUGGAGGCAUCGGAGGAGGAUAUGGCCACUCAGCAAGUGGAUCUAUUGGCGGAGGAUAUGGUGGAUCUAUUGGCGGAGGAUAUGGUGGAUCUGUUGGCGGAGGAUAUGGUGGAUCUAUUGGAGGAGGAUAUGGUGGAGCCAUUGGAGGAGGAUAUGGUGGAGCCGAUGGUGGACACGGAAUCGGUGGCGGAAUCCUAGGUGGUGAUGCUGGCCAUGGAAUUGGUGGUGGAUACAUUGGUGGAUUCGGCGGUGCUAGUGGUGGAUACAGUGGUGCUGAGGGUGGAUAUGGCGGCGCUGAUGGUGGAUACGGCGGUGCUGAUGGUGGAUAUGGUGGUGGUUUCGGACAUUCCGCUGGUGGUGCUGAAGAAGGACAUGCCACUGUUAUUGUUGCCAAAGUAGCUGGCGAUGCUGGCGCUGGCGCUGGUGCCGGUGGUUAUGAAGGCAGUGCCGGUGUCGUUGAACAUGGCGCAUCGAGUGGUGCUGAAGAACAUCAUUAAGGCUGCAACUGUAGAUGCUAACAUUGUUAGUUAUUUGUUGACUCGUUACUAGUUCUUGUUGAUAAUUAUUGUUAUUUUGUCUAUAAGUAUUUGUACCUAAUAUAGUCCAAAAAAUUAAUUGAUUUCAAAUUUUA